UAAAACUCAGUUCAAGUAAGGGGAAAAUAAUCUGACUUGAAUAUCGAUGGCAGUGGCGUCAACAGCGAACCUGCUCAUAGCCCUCCAAUCGGAGCGUCGGAAAUCCAACGGUGCUCUUCCUCUCGUACUCCCUAAACCCACUUGGGUUGUCAGAACUGAGUCAAAUGCUGGGCGAAAGAGGAUGAGGAAGCCUGAUCCACCGUGCGUUGUCUGCAAGGGGAGCGGCAGAGUUGAUUGUCAUUAUUGUUAUGGAAGAGGAAGGACAAACCAAGUUCAUCUAGAGAUGCUUCCCAAGGGAGAAUGGCCAAAAUGGUGCAGGAGUUGUGGUGGCAGUGGCCUUAGCUACUGCUCUCGAUGCCUUGGAACUGGGGAAUACAGGUAUAUAAUGGGUUUCCAUUUCAUGAAGACAGAUGAUGAUGGCACCCAACACAAGAAGUAUCAGAUUGAAGGUGACUGUGAUUCACAGGGUGCAGCCGACCGACUGCUGCGUGGUGAGCAGAGCGAUGAUUCAGGUAAUGAGAUAUGAAGGAAGCAUGUAUUUGCACUACUAUCCAUACCAAGUUUGUAACUCGGCUAUGCUAUAGUCAUAAUUUAGACAAGUGACAACUUUGAUUAUUAUUACCCACAAUUACUUAUAAUAUAUAAUAACCCUAUGGGUUUCUUUUUUCA